AUGGUUUCUUUCUUUGAGCUUCUAGGAUUAUUAACAAGUUUGAAGGGAAUCACAUCGUUAGAUUUGGUAGCAUCGCAAUGUGUGCUAAAAUUAUACAGUGAUGGAGGAAUAGCGAUAUUGAACAAAAGUGAGACACAACAACUUACAAGAUUCUCAGCACACUUCAUAAGCAACGCUGAACAAUCUCAGUCCUGUAACUUUGCAACUUUUCUUCCCAACACCGAAGACACUCCUCUGCAGCGAGCAGAGUGGAUCAAAUACCUGGGAACUUUUGCUAAUAUGGAAUUCAGAGCAAAUAAAGUCUAUGACGCUGUGAAAGCAAACUAUCUGUGCUUGGCUAAAGCAGCUGCCAACAAGACAACUUCUUUCAAGCCAGUGGUAGCCUGGUUGGCUUUCAAUGAUGGGGAGUGGUCGUUCACGCAGGAUCCAUACAAAUUAAAGUAUGUGGAAGAUGCAGGGGGAGAAAAUAUAGACAAAUCUAUCAACAAAGCUACUUAUAACAACACCAUUCCUGAUGAUUGUGAAGACUUUCAUGCCAUCUUAUGUACUGUAGAUGUAGUCAUCGAUGAAACUUACACGUCAGAUCCAUGGCACUAUAACGUCAGCACCUUUCUCCAGAACAUUAAUGUAGAAGAUCGAUCAUGUUUUGCCUUCAUUACAAAACAAAGCUUGUGGAGGUACGACAAAAGACUGCAAAGUGCUAAUUCCCUUGGUAAGCAUUUCAUGUUAAAUUUUCGGACA